CCCCGCGCCGCGCCGGCGGGGCCCGACCGCGCCGCCGCGUCCACCUCCCCCAGGCGGCCCCGUGCCGCGCCAGCGGCGCCGGGCCACGCCUCCCCCAGGCGGCGCCGCGCCCGGCCGCAGACCUCCCCGUGCGCCAGCGCCAGGAUCCACGAGCUGGCACAGAGCAGGCCGCGGUCCCCCGGCGAGUGGCAGGGGGAGCCUCGAGGCCUCUCCCGAGCGCACGUUGGGACACGCUCCGGACCGGCGCCGGCAGCGCGUGCCGCGGCGACGUGGCCGAGAAGAUUGGGCGGCCAGAGGGCGCCAAGCUCCCGAGCCGCCCCCGUGCGGAGGUGCCCGUCGAGAAGGUCGGCAGCGUGGCGCGGGCCGAGCUGUGCGCCCGCUACCGCGAGACCAACUCGACAAGGCGCGGCGAGGCGGCGGCAGAGAUCAGCUGCCGGGCGGUCUUGAGCGCCGGGCCGCCAGCGGGCGUCGCCGCGAAGGUCAACGAGGACGGGCGGCAGGUGCCUCUCGAGAAGCGGCCUCUCACGUGGAAGGUUGGCGACUGAGGCGCACAGCUCCCGGGCCUGAGACCGGUCGGCGCACAGUUUCUGCGUCGGCGGCGAGGCAGAUGUAUUGCGCCAGCGGUCGGGCUAGGCGGGGACACGCCCGACCUACGCCUUGGGCCGCCCAGGCGGCCUCUCCGCACCUCGCCUGCGAGCCGGCCCAGUGGCACCCCGACGGGAGCCGCCGGGCCGUCGAGAGGCCUUGUCUUGGCAAGGAGCGGAGCGCUCGGGGGCCCAGCUCGUGCACGUCAUGCC